AGUCCACAUCUUCUUGGCGUGGGGUCUGUGACUUCGAUACGACUGAAAGUUCGACCACGUGCUUUAUUUAUACAAAAAAAUUAGUAAAUAAAUCGAACUCCCGAAAACUAAACGUUAAGAUUUAGAGAAAAUGCAUUGAACGCAUUUAUGUCGAAAUUUGUGUGUUUAUAUAUUGUGAGUGAUAAUUGUGCAAAAUGAAAUUAAAAAAUGUUGGCGCUGUUUUGCUUUUGAUUGUAUUUGCUGAAGUUGCUGGAAAAAUGAAACACAAGAAUGGGAAACAAGGGCUGAAAUUUCUGAAAAGCCAUCGCGGAGGUAUCCGGAAUCACUCCCCGCGGCGUUCAGCUCCCCAAGCUGGUCUAUGGCCUUCAGUUUUUAAUUUGGCCACAAAAGCCGCGAUCACAGCUAACGCGACUUGCGGGGAAAGAGGAAGAGAGGAGUUCUGCCGGAUGGCUAAUAAUGGUAAAGGACGCUGCGGUAUUUGCGACAAUUUCAGCCCCGAUCCCGGCAAAAGGCAUUCUAUUAAUUUCGCCAUCGACGGAAGCAAUAGGUGGUGGCAAAGUCCCGCUCUAUAUUACGGCCCUCAUUACGAAUACGUCACUAUCACUAUUGAUCUGAAACAGGUUUACCAAAUUGCGUACGUAAUUAUGAAAAUGGGAAAUUCACCUCGACCUGGUUCUUGGAUUUUAGAACGAUCCUUUGACGGCGAAUAUUACGAGGUCUGGCAGUAUUUUGCGAGGACCGACAAAGAGUGCCUAGAACGUUUCGGAAUUCCAGCUACUAAAGGAAAACCACAUUACGUUACCGACAACGAAGUGAUAUGCACUUCUUUUUACUCCAAGUUAACUCCGAUGGAAAACGGAGAGAUACAUACCUCUUUAAUCCAAGGAAGACCAGGUGCGAAUGAAACGAGUCCAGAACUUUCAGAAUUUACUAAAGCACGUUUUGUUCGUAUACGUUUAAUUGGAUUACGAGGCACACAAGAGCCGAUCCCGCGUUGGCUGGCUCAAGACAUUUGGAAGGAUAAGAAGCUCUUCUACUCGAUUAAAGACAUCAGCAUAGGAGGACAAUGUGUGUGUAAUGGUCACGCCGAAAAUUGCAGACAUAACGUCGCUUCAGGGCAUCCAGAAUGUGAAUGUAGCCACCAUACAUGUGGACCGAACUGUGACAGAUGUUGUCCAAUGUAUAAUCAACGUCAGUGGGGUCCAGGUUCCGCAAGAGAUGCUAGACAAUGUUUAGCAUGCAACUGCCAUGGUCAUAGUUCAAGUUGUCAUUAUGAAGAAGACGUCGAUAGAGCUGGAUUGAGCAUGGAUGCUCAUGGAACAUAUCAAGGGGGAGGAGUAUGUGAUAAUUGUACAGAUUUCACAACAGGAAUAAACUGCGAAAAAUGCCUUCCUGGCUAUUAUCGACCAGCAAACACUCUUCCAGAUGCGGAAACACCUUGUGUACAGUGUGAUUGUGAUCCCGCUGGAUCAGGAAGUACUUGUAUACAAUAUGGAGAGCAAGCGGGAGCUUGUCAGUGUAGAGAUGGGUACACCGGAGAAAGAUGCGUAGCAUGUGCAGUAGGUUAUACGGGAUUCCCCGACUGUCAGCCUUGUCCUUGUGAUACUAAAGGAGUCAAUACCAUGGAUAAUUGUGAAGUUGGUUGUGUGUGUAAGGAGCAUGUAGAAGGUAAAUAUUGUGACAGAUGCAAAGUUGGUUAUUUUGGAUUAAGAAGUGAUGUUGAAGGAGGUUGCCUGCCUUGCUACUGUUCUCAAGUAACAACUUUAUGUGAAUCAGCUUUACUGAAGAAACAGACGAUCCGCUCCUUGAAAGACUGGCGAAUAACCGACCUAAGAGUGUCAAAAGUGGUGAAACCGAACUGGAAUGGUCAAAAUGUGUUUUCUCUCGGCAACUACGGAGAUUUUUCGGGAAGCAGCGGUGGCGGAACGAAAUCUUUUUACUGGUUAGCCCCCGAACAAUAUUUAGGCAACAAAUUAGAAGCAUAUAAUUCCAAUUUCUUAUUUAAAAUGCAGUGGGUAGUGAUGAGGGGAGAUACCAGCGGUGAACCUAUCAAAGGACCCAAUAUUGUCAUGAUGGGAAGCAAUGGUUUAAAAAUAGGAUGUGGUGAUGAAAUUCACACAUCGUCUAAAUUGGCAUCGCAAAUCAAACUCAACGAAUUGAACUGGUACCAUAUCCCUAAUAACAUAUCGGAUAUCACAAAAGUAAACAGCAGCAUUUAUCAUGGCAGAAGUGUUACUAGAUUUGAGUUUCUGAGCAUUCUUGUGAACGUAACGAAUAUAUUACUAAGAUCUACAUUUCAUACUGAUCAAAUUGAAGCGUUGUUGGAAGAAGCCACAUUGGAUAUUGGCGAAGAUGAAUAUGGGUAUAGCAGUGUAGAAAGAUGUUCUUGUCCGUCUGGUUACACUGGGUUAUCUUGCGAAUCAUGUUCCUUCGGUUAUGUUCGUAUUCAAACGAAUACUUCUGUUAAUACAGAGCAAAGCUUUUGUGUCAAAUGCGACUGUAACGGACACUCUUCCACCUGCAAUCCAGAUACAGGAGAAUGCUCGUGUCAACACAACACCAUGGGUGAAAAGUGUGAACGUUGCGCCCCUGGUUUCUACGGGAAUCCAAUUCGAGGCACUUCCGAUGACUGCAAAAAGUGUGCUUGUCCUUUGGAGAACGACGAGAACAACUUCAGUCCCAGCUGUCAACUUGACUACUUUGUCGAGAGGGAGGAAGAUGAGGGCAAUUACGUCUGUACUCAGUGUCCGAAGGGAUAUACAGGAGAUCACUGUGAAAUAUGUGAUGAUGGUUAUUAUGGAAAUCCCAUGGAAAUUGGAAAUAGCUGUCAACCAUGUGAUUGCAACGGCGGACCAUGUGAUCGUAAAACUGGACAAUGCCUCAGUUGCCGGGGAAAUACAGAAGGUUGGAAAUGUGAGAAAUGUAAACCUGAACAUUAUGGAGAACCUUCUCAUUUCAACUGUAAGGCUUGCGAAUGUGAUCCGAUUGGUUCAGUAUCAAGACAAUGUGAUAAUGUCACAGGCCAAUGCGAAUGCAAAGAAAAAUUCAUCGGAAGGAUAUGUUCAGAAUGUGAAAGUGGAUUUGGGAAUGUUACCGCCCUUUGUGUGCCAUGCAGCUGCAACAUUAUCGGUUCAACUUCAGAAAUAUGUAACAGUCACACAGGAAUUUGUGAUUGUAAGCCGGGAGUCGAAGGAUUUCACUGUGAUGCCUGCCAAAAUAUGUUUUAUGGAUUCUCUGAUACAGGAUGUAAACCCUGCACCUGUGAUCCGGAUGGUUCUAUGUUCCUUACUUGCAAUCAAACUACAGGAGCGUGUUUUUGUAAACCGCAUUUUACAGGAAUUGAUUGUAGUACAUGCGAGGAUAAUUAUUGGAGAAGAAAUAACGUAUGCACAGAGUGUAGAUGCAAUUCAUAUGGUACUAUCCCUAACACCAUAUGUGACAAAGAAACUGGAAAAUGUCAAUGCAAAUCGGGAGUAGCUGGAGACCAAUGUACUAGUUGCUUACCAGAUCAUUACGGAACAAUCCAAACCAGUUGUCAAAAAUGCGAUCCAUGUGACAAAAAGGGACAUAUUUGUGAUCCUAAAAACGGCAAAUGCAUUUGUCCUCCAUUAGCAAGUGGAAAAUAUUGUGAAAACUGUGUUGAGAAUACUUGGGGUUACGAACCGGGCAUAGGAUGUAAGCAUUGCAACUGUUCCAAUACUGGUAGCUCAAGUCAACAGUGUGACCAAAUGAGAGGAAACUGCAGUUGUAACUUAGGAUUUGAAGGGGAAAAAUGUAACAGAUGCAGCUUUGGUUACUACGAUUAUCCUAAUUGCAAGAAAUGUGAUUGUGAUCGAAAUGGUACCCACGAAGGACAGUGUCAGAAUGGUCUAUGUAAAUGUGAUAACAGAGGAGGAUGUAAAUGCAAGGAAAAUGUGGAAGGAAAAUAUUGUGAUCGUUGCAAAGAGAACUAUUACGGACUUUCUAUAGAAAAUUCAAAGGGAUGUACGGAAUGUUUCUGUUUUGGUAGAAGUAACACUUGUGAAGACGCGCGAUACCAUUGGAGUAAAACAACAAGAUUAGAAACAGAUUUGGAAGAAGAUAACAGAAUAACCGAAGAUGAACUCAGCCUACCAAAAGCAUUUUUAGGCGAUAUUACAGCUUCAUAUGGAGGACAUUUAAUAGUAGAAAACUCUGGUGGAUACUUUGACGUCUUUUUGGAAGGUAAUAACAUACAAAUAUCGUCCAGAAAUGAUCACAGUGAACUACAGAUGACAGAAUCCGGUAAUUGGAGAGUUAUUUCAAAAAAUUUGGAUUUUUCUAACGAAUGCAUCGAUAAAUUAACACGAGCAUGUUUCAUGGUGAUAAUUCAAAAUGUUACUUUCUUCAUGAUCAAGGCUAACACCAGGAUUAAGGAAGUUCUUCUGGAUAAAGCAACGAAUGAAGACUCCGAAUAUACGUUGACUCAUUCCAUAGAAAAAUGUAAUUGUCCUGCUCAAUAUACAGGACUUUCCUGUGCGGAGCCUAGUAAAGGAUACUACCGAUACUUUUCUGAUGACCCUAAACUUUCUUGGAUAGAUCGAGUUAUAGGAAUUGCUAAGAAAUGUGAAUGUGGAGGAUAUUCUGAAGAUUGCGAUCCAGAAACAGGACAUUGUAAAAACUGUGUAGAUCAUAGGAGUGGUCCACACUGUGAUAAAUGUGAAGAUGGUUUUUAUUUAGACAACGACAACCACUGUAAGACUUGUCUUUGUCCUUCAGAACAACAAAACAAUGCUAAAAGUUGUUCUCCUAAAAAAAACGGUGGAUUUGUUUGUCAGUGUAAAAAAGGAUAUACUGGACCAUAUUGUGACAAAUGCGAUAGUCAAUAUUAUUCACCAUCAAAUUCAUCAGUCUGCGUGCCUUGUGAUUGUAACAGAUAUGGAAUUGUAGCUGAGCAUUUUGGAAUUUGCGAUGAGGACGGUAGAUGUCAAUGUCAAGAAGGAUUUAAAGGGGACAAAUGUAACCAAUGUGUCAAAGAAAGAGAAUAUAUAAAAGAUGGAAUAUGUAAAUCUUGUGAUGAAUGUACAAUGUUACUCUUUGAUGAAAUAGAUAAAAUGAAAGCAGACGUUCAAAACAUUUAUGAUAUGUUCAAAAAUGGAAUCGGUCCACCUUGGAAAAAGCUCGCAGACUAUUUGAAUGAACACGACAUGCUAUCCGAAAAAUACAAAAACAAAAGGGAACAAUUCGAUAAUAUCUUAAAAGCGAACAACAUAGUCGAAUAUCAAGCUAAAGUUAAUGAUUUGAAAGAGAGAACGAUCAAAGAUAACGAAGUUCUAGAAGAGAAUAUUAAAAACGUAGAUAAGUUGAAUGAAAAAUCCACUGAACUUGUUAACGAAGCUAACGAAUUGAGCAAAAAGCUUAUAAACAUUAUAGAUUCUUUGGAAAGUUUUGGAAAUAAGCAUGUCAGUUUAUCGGAAGCAUUAUCUAAAGCUCGGGAAAUACUGAAAAACAUUCAACAGACUUCAAAUCGAAUAGAUGAAUUAAAUGAUCAAAAAAUCUUUGAUUAUUGUGCGAAUAUCAAUAAAAAAGUGGACGAAAUCUAUGGGAAUCCUCCUAAAGUGCCUCCUAAUAAUAUCGAAGAUAUAAAAAAUAUAUUAAACGCCCUUUUUGAUUUGCUCUCAUACAUAGACAACCUGGCAAAAUUAGCCGAUGCUAAAAACACUGACAACUCCAGAAGACUAGAAUCUGUCAAAGAGAAAUUUGAAAGAAUCAAGAGUAAAAAUAAAGAAAUCACCACUUCUUUCAACGACAUCGUAAAAAAACUAAAUGGUACCGAGGAUGUAUUAGAAGCAUUGGAGAUAGUUUAUAAAGAUCUGGUAGAAAUAUCGGAUUUCAAAGAAUACGAUGAACUAGAGGAUAAAGUAGAAAAGCAAACACAAGAAAUACCUGAAGCCCAAGAAUUGUUUGAUAAAGCAGUAGAACAUGUACAAGAUCUAGAGAAAAAAGUUGAAGAAUAUCACAGCAUGUUCAACUUCACCAAAGAUGAAUGGAAAAAAAUUAACGCAAGUGGCGCUUACGAGACCAUUAUACAAGGUAUAAAAGAAGCCCGAGAUAGUUUAACACAAACCAAAGAAGCCAUUAGUCAAGCAAAGAAUAUAAUUGCGCCAGAAGGUGGAGACAGUAUAGACACAGUAUCAAAUUUAGCUCAAACAUAUUCUGACAGAUUAAAACAGAGAAUAAAUAAUUUAAAAAUGAUUUCGAACGAUUUCAACAAAAUCAAAGGCAAACUAGAAGAACUUGGUUACAGUAUAAUAGAAAACGGUAAAGCAAACAACGAAGUAGUACAAAAUGCAAUUAAAACUGAUAAAUAUAUAACAUCUCAAGAAGAACAAGUAGCCAGAGUGAAAAAAGCCAUAAAAACCGCUUCCGAAGUUUCUGAAAGAAUGAGAGAUAUUUAUAAAAAAACAGAUGACAUAGCAUUCGACAAACAGUUCAACUUCGAUAAAAAAUAUCAAAAAUAUCAAGAGCAAAUUGACCCCAAAGAUAUAAAUCGAAUAAAUUCUGAGAUGAAAGCCGCGAGAGAAGCACUUAACAACCUCCGAAUUCCCCGGGCUCCAAACACUUCUAAAGAGAAAAAAGAUUCUGUGGACAAACUAAGUAAUGUAGAAAAGAAACUAAAAGAAUUGCAAAAUCUAAUUAGUUUAGCAAAACAACAAGUGGAUGGGGUUGACGUUCCAAUAAAUCCAAAGAAUUGCUACAUGGCGUAUCAGUUACCGAAAUCCCAAUACUUCCAAAGCCUUUCCAUUACGUUCAAUUGCAAUGACUGCACAUUAUUUAACUGGACAAAACCCAGUGGCGAAUCGUUAUCAAUAAGUGUUAGAGACAAUAUGGUUACUGUAACUAUAGAAGAAGAAGAAAUUAACGUUAGCGGAAUCGAAACAGGAGAAACUACGGUAUCAAUACAAAAGACAGGCAGUUUAUUAAAAGCACAAGUAGGACGACAAGAACGAAGUAAGCGAUUACAAAAGUCGAGAAUUCCAAUGACUUACAUCAAUACUAACGACUUCUUAGAACUGGGAGAUAAAGACGAAGUCAGUGACAGUAAAGAAAUUUCAUAUAUCUAUAAAGUUAUACUUAAUGGUGAGAACUUUGGAGUAUGGAACUUUGCAGACACUAAUGGAAUGUGUAAAGGUCAAAAAAGGAACGUUGCGGUUGACGAAACAUUGAAUGAUCUCUUCAACGGGAAAGGUUAUUUAGUAUAUGAAGUUAAUACUAAUUUGAAUCCCAAACAAUUCUCAGUAGUAUUUGAGUUCAGUACGUUCGAUGAAAACAGUAUCAUCUACAUUGCAGCACAUUUCCCCACUUGCUCUUACUUCACUUUGUAUCUUGAAAAUGGCCACGUCCACUUCAUUAUCCGCCUGAAAAAUAAAGAAGUCGUCGAACUGGAAGAUACCCAAAAAGUAAACGAUGGAAAAGUACAUUCGGCAGAAAUAAGUUGGAAAUUGAAUCAAAAACAUUCGAAAUUCGAUAUAACAUAUACGUUAGCUGUAGAUUUCAAUAGAACAUCGACACCGCCAAAACCUAUAAACGCAAGCAACGUCUUCAAAUUGAAAGAAACCAAACAUUAUUUAGGAGGAGUACCACCUACCUUUGACCAUAAGUGUAUUCCAGUGCAUGGUGUACCUUUAUUAGGAUUUCUUAAACUGAGAUCUCAAUUGACAAAUGUCAAUAUUUCGUACGGUAUUACCAAAGCUAAAACGCUGGCUUUCACUCAUGCCUGGGUGAAUGAACAAGGUUACCUCAAUUUAGAUUACCCGAAAGAAGUAAUCAAAACUUUCAAUUACAUUUUCCGGCCGAUAAAAAGUGGAACUAUAAUCAAAUUCAAUGAUGCCCAAAGUAUUGUUUUACUAGACUCCGAUAUUAUUUUAAAUGGUGAAAAAAUUGAUAACACAAAUAUCACUUUGGAUGAUUACAAUUCAAUAGAAUUGAAAAUGGGUACCAAUAAAGAAAUAAUUGUUAAUGGUAAAAAGCAAAAAAUUUUCAGUCCUGAGGGUAUUACAAUCACAAACGUUCAAAUUGGUGGAAAACAAGGAGGAUUUGUUGGAGGAAUUCGAGAUAUAAUCAUCAAUGACAAGCUUCUUCAAUUUGAAAAUACAACUGUAAAAGAAUUUGAAAAUGUUGAAAUCGGUAGGGAGAAGCCAGUUGUCGAAUCAAAUAUAAACGUCAAAAGUUUAAUGAUGUUGAAUAUGACAAAUUCAAUGCAAAAUACCGAGAGGUGUACAGAAUUUGACGAUAACGAUAUUCAAGGAGACGCUAUUAAAUUCGGGGAUAAACCAAACAGCUACACAUUCAUUAAAACAAAAUUUUGGAGGACGAACUUCACGUUACAAUUUGAAUUUAGGACUUUCUAUCCAAACGGUGUUAUAUUCGUAGCUAGUAACAAGAGGAAAAAUUACAUCCUAUUAGAAUUGAAAGAAGGUCAACUCCAAUUGAAUGUGGAAGGCCGAAAGAAGCAAGUUAAGACGCUGCCAAUAAAUUCCGGUAAAAUAAACGAUGGACAAUGGCAUCACGUUAGAUUAACCAGGAAAUUGAAAAAACUCACUGUUAUUCUUGAUAGAGAAAACAAACCCAAUCGAAUAAAUUUGAGAAUCAAACCGAAAGAUGAGAUUUAUUUUGGAGGAGUAGAUCCACGUUCAGAGUACACAGAUAUACCCGAUUUGAGAAGUCGUCUACUACCGUUUAGGGGCUGCAUGAAAUCAUUAGAAAUCAAUAAUGAACUGCAGUUUUUAACAAAUAACAAAAAUGUCCUGCACUCCAAUAUUACAUUAUGUUUUUCGAAAGUUGAAGAAGGAACAUACUUUGGAGGAGACGCCUAUGCUGUUUACAAAGAAGAUUUCCGAUUCACCGAAAUACUGGAAUUGAGCUUUGAAUUCAGAACUUCCGAGCAAAAUGGGAUGUUACUGAGUGUUUCCAAUAACGGUGAUUCGCCCGCUCUUUCCGUAGAACUACAAAAUGGCGCUAUUGUGAUGGCGGUAAAUUUAGGAAAUGGGAUAACUAUAAAUGUAACCAACAAUCUCGAUUCGGAUAUCGCUUUAUGUAAUAAUAGAUGGCACAACGUCACUGCUUUGUAUUCGAAUUCAGAACUUACGGUUAACGUGGAUGGAAUAAGAAAAAGUUGGGUACAAAGUGAUCCUAGUUCGGCAAUGGACGAUAUGGAAGCCCCAUUGUAUAUAGGAGGAUUACCUGAUAAUGCACCUACUGGAACAUUAAAAACAUUUACAAACUUCAAAGGCUGUAUAAGAAAACUGAAAAUUGAAAAUCAACCGAUGGAUUGGACAGAUAUGAAAGAAUUGAAUAAUGUUUUACUAAAUUCAUGUCCGGUAUCAUAAAAUAGUAGAAUUAGUUAAGAUGACGUGAAAAAACCAAAACCAAAUCAAUUUAAAUUUAACCGUUUAAGAAUCAAAUCAAAUUGUUAUAAUUUGUUAAUCUCAGGAAGAACUGCAAGUGAGAAAGAUAUUACUUGCAAAACUACUGACUAUAUUCUAAAAUAUGCUUUGAUUAUUCGAAAAAAAUAUAUUUUCCAACAAAUAUUCGAUUCUGUAAUGGUUGAAUGUUAUUGCUAUAGUAUUAUAUUAAUAUUGUAUUAUAAAACCUCACUGCCAAUAUAUCCUGUACAUAAUUGUGUAAAUAAUUAUUUAAUUUUUGUACAACUGCCAUAAACUUAGUUCAAUGAUGUAAUAAUUUGUGGAUGUUUUGUAUAUAGUAGGUAUUCUCCUAUAUUAAAGUGGUACUUAAAUAAAUACUGUAAAUUAAUUUAUGAAAAUAAAAUAUAAUUAUAAUAA